UCCGCUCUCCUGAAAACUUUCGAUCCUUUGGGAGAUUAUAUUCCCUCGAAACUUGAUUCGUUCAAUUUCCUACCCACCUUAUCCGUUUUCUUUUCUUUUCCUGCUCGAUUUUUUCUCGCGCGAGAAAAUUUCUCCAGUGAGAUUCGUGUCCGCGAAUCAGGUUUUUCCUCCCUUCCGCAUUGGCGCGGGUUUUGUCUUUUCCGGCGGACGGGCGCGCUUCGGAGUUGGGAACAGAUAAAGAGAGCAGCAGAAGAGUCGAAGUUUCCGGUGUUGUUUCUUGGGUGGGAAAAAAAGUUUCAAUUCUCCUACGGUGAAGUGUGGAACUCUGUUCGUGUGUUGUAUGAGAGAUGUCGAUAGCAAAGGAACCGGAGCAGGUGAUGAAGAUGAGAGAUGGAUCGGUACUCGGGAAGAAGACGAUCCUCAAGAGCGAUCAUUUCCCGGGCUGCCAGAACAAACGUCUCUCUCCUCAGAUCGAAGGCGCUCCCAAUUACCGCCAGGCUGAUUCACUACGUGUCCAUGGGGUUGCAAUUCCAACUGCAGUUGGGAUAAGGAACGUUCUUAGGCACAUUGGAGCUCACAGAGAUGGGAACCAAGUUCAAGUUCUUUGGAUUAGUCUCAGGGAGGAACCGGUAGUAUACAUAAACGGGCGGCCUUUUGUUUUACGCGACGUGGAGAAACCUUUUACCAACCUCGAGUAUACGGGGAUCAACCGCGACAGGGUUGAACAAAUGGAAGCUCGGCUGAAAGAAGACAUUCUCCUGGAGGCGGCUAGAUAUGGCAAUAAGAUCCUUGUCACUGAUGAACUGCCAGAUGGUCAGAUGGUGGACCAAUGGGAGCCAGUCUCAUCUGAUUCUUUGAAGACUUCACUUGAGGUUUAUGACGAAUUGCAAGCAGAAGGUUACCUUGUUGACUAUGAACGUGUUCCCGUAACAGAUGAAAAAUCACCAAAAGAAACGGAUUUCGAUAUAUUGAUUCAGAAGAUAUCUGAGGCUGACAUUAACACAGAGAUAAUUUUUAAUUGUCAAAUGGGACGUGGACGCACCACAACUGGUAUGGUGGUUGCCACUCUGGUCUAUCUCAAGCGUACAGGAGCAUCAGAUAUAGGUUUCCCAAGAAGCAACUCCUUGGGGAGAAUUUAUAACGCUGGCGAAAAUAUUACUGUUAGUUUGCCAAGUUCUGAGGAGGCGAUCCGUAGAGGGGAAUAUGCAGUCAUAAGAAGUUUGAUUCGGGUCUUAGAGGGAGGUGUUGAAGGCAAAAGGCAAGUCGACAAAGUCAUUGACAAAUGUGCAUCCAUGCAGAAUUUACGAGAGGCAAUUGCUACCUAUCGCAGUAGCAUUUUGCGUCAACCCGAUGAAAAGAAGAGAGAGGCAGCACUCUCAUUUUUUGUCGAGUACUUGGAAAGAUAUUACUUCCUUAUAUGCUUUGCUGUCUAUCUUCAUUCGGAGGGUGCUUUCCUCCAAUCUGGUUCGCUUGGCCAUGACAGCUUUGCUGAGUGGAUGCGAGCUAGGCCAGAACUCUAUAGUAUACUCCGCAGGUUGCUAAGGAGAGAUCCUAUGGGUGCUUUGGGAUAUGCAAUUACGAAGCCUUCCUUGUCAAAGAUAGCAGAAUCUACUGAUGGGCGCCCCCAUGAGAUGGGUGUUGUUGCUGCACUUAGAAAUGGAGCAGUGCUUGGAAGUCAAACAGUCCUGAAGAGUGAUCACUGUCCUGGUUGUCAAAUUUCAAGUCUACCAGAGAGGGUGGAAGGAGCACCGAAUUUCAGAGAGGUUCCAGGAUUUCCUGUUUAUGGUGUUGCAAAUCCAACCAUUGAUGGUAUUCAAUCUGUCAUCGAAAGAGUUGGAAGUUCCAGAGGUGGCCGGCCAGUUUUUUGGCACAAUAUGAGGGAAGAACCUGUCAUUUAUAUCAAUAGAAAGCCAUUUGUGCUACGGGAGGUUGAAAGGCCAUAUAAAAACAUGCUAGAAUAUACGGGCAUUGAUCGAGAUAGAGUUCAGAGAAUGGAAGCUCGUUUGAAGGAGGAUAUUCUGAGGGAAGCUAAGCGGUAUGGGGGUGCAAUAAUGGUCAUUCAUGAAACAAAGGAUGGACAGAUUUUUGAUGCAUGGGAACACGUGAAUGCUGAUUCUGUUCAAACACCUCUCGAGGUUUACAAAUGCUUAGAGGUUGAUGGCUUUCCUAUUAAGUAUGCACGUGUGCCUAUAACCGAUGGUAAAGCUCCCAAAAGUUCAGACUUUGACACAUUGGCAACGAAUAUCGCUUCUGCUUCGAAAGACACCGCUUUUGUCUUCAAUUGCCAGAUGGGUAGAGGAAGAACGACUACUGGAACUGUCAUUGCCUGCCUUGUGAAGCUUCGCAUCAAUUAUGGGAGGCCCAUUAAAGUUCUUUAUGAUGUUCUGACCCACGAAAUUGUCGAUGAAGAUUCCUCUAGUGGUGGUGAAGAAAGUGGAGGUAAUAACCCCGAAAGAAGAUCUCGCAAUUUUGGACGAAGAACUGAAGAGGAACAUGGCCACGCUUUUGGAAUGGACGACAUCCUUUUGUUAUGGAAGAUCACUAGAUUAUUUGAUAAUGGGGCUGAAUCCCGUGAGGCAUUAGAUGCUGUGAUCGAUAGAUGUUCUGCUUUGCAGAAUAUCCGUGAAGCUGUUCUGCAGUACAGGAAGGUUUUCAACCAACAACAUGUCGAGCCAAGAGUGAGGAGUGCGGCCCUGAAACGUGGUGCUGAGUACUUGGAACGAUACUUCCGUUUGAUUGCGUUUUCUGCCUAUCUUGGAAGUGAGGCUUUUGACGGAUUCUGUGGCCAAGGAGAUUCCAAGGUUACGUUUAAGAAUUGGUUGCAUCAGAGGCCUGAGGUGCAAGCAAUGAAGUGGAGUAUAAGGUUACGACCUGGGAGAUUUUUCACCAUUCCUGAGGAAUUGCGGUCACAGCAUGAAUCCCAACAUGGCGAUGCAGUCAUGGAAUCUAUCGUCAACGAUCGCAGUGGGUCUGUCUUGGGCAAAGGCUCUAUACUCAAAAUGUAUUUUUUUCCUGGCCAAAGAACUUCCAGUAACAUGCAAAUUCACGGUGCACCUAACCUAUGCAAGGUUGAUAGGUAUCCUGUGUAUAGCAUGGCGACUCCCACAAGUUCUGGUGCUAAAAAAAUGCUUGCAUAUUUAGGAGCCAAACCGAAAGAAGAAGGUGGGGAUGUCACUAAGAGAAUAGUAGUGACAGACUUGAGAGAAGAAGCAGUUGUCUACAUUAAUGGGACUCCAUUUGUUCUGAGAGAACUGAAUAAACCUGUUGAUACCCUCAAGCAUGUUGGAAUAACCGGUCCAGUGGUGGAGAGCAUGGAAGCACGGCUAAAAGAAGAUAUACUGUCAGAAGUUAAAGAAACUGGUGGCAGGAUGCUAUUGCAUCGUGAAGAAUACAACCCGGCGUCAAAAGAGUCUCGAAUAAUAGGAUACUGGGAGAAUAUUUUCCAAGAUAAUGUGAAGACACCUGCUGAAGAAUAUGCUGCUCUAAAAGCUGAAGGCUACAACAUAUCUUACCAGAGAAUACCCUUAACCAGAGAAAGGGAAGCAUUGGCUUCUGAUGUCGAUGCCAUUCAGUACUGUAAAAACGACUCGGCAGGGAGUUACCUAUACAUAUCACAUACUGGAUUUGGAGGAGUUGCAUACGCAAUGGCCAUCACUUGUCUUGGACUUCAACCUGGUCAGAACUUCACAACCGAGACAUGGGAUCCUGCCCCGAAUCCAAAUUCCAACCUGGAAGAAGAUUUGCCGUCCCGGGCGACUGAAGAAGAAGCAUUGAGGAUGGGGGAUUACCGUGACAUACUGAGCCUCAUAAGAGUGCUUUCCCAUGGUCCUCAAAGCAAAGCAGAUGUAGACGGAAUCAUUGAACUGUGUGCGGGUGCAGGGCAUUUAAGGGAGGACAUUCUCUACUACACCAAAGAACUGAAGAGGUUUCCGAACAUGGAUGAUGAAAACCGUGCAUCCAUCAUGGACAUGGGCGUAAAAGCCCUAAGGAGGUACUUUUACCUGAUAACAUUCAGAUCGUACCUAUACAGCACGACGCCGAAAGAGAUGAAGUUCGUGGACUGGAUGGAAGCUCGGCCAGAACUCGGGCACCUCUGUCAUAACCUCAGGAUAGACAAAUGAAGCGUUGGGUGUUUGAUGAGAGACUAGGAAGUUUGGUUGGUUGCUACUGCUAGUGUAAAUGAUGUACAGCCUUCUUGUGUUUUGUUUGCUUGUUAGCUCCUUGUUGUGUCCAUAGCUAGCUUCCCCUCCUUAGAUGUAUGGUAGCAGAUAUAUCCUAUAAGCCUCUGUUUGCCGCGGCAGGUUUCUCUUCUCAUAUGGCUCCUCGCUGGCGUCAAUAAAUAAUAAUAAUAAAAAAAUA